UAUUGUCCUCAAAUCAAAACAUUAAUUUGGUUUGGCUCUCUAUUUAUUGCAAACUUGGUGGUGUAAUUUAUAAGCAUUCUUUGCAAUGAAUCAAAAAGCUUCCACGAUUAACGACCCUGAAUUGCAGGCCAAAGUGAAGAAAACGACUGAGAAAAUUUCGGAGAAUAUGCACAUCAUUGCCAACGAGCCAAGUCUUGCGUUCUACCGCAUCCAAGAACAUGUUCGCAAGGUAAUCCCGCUCAUAGUAGACCGCCGGGCGGAAGUCGUUCAAUUGCAACAAGAUCUACAGGGCAAGUGUUACGAUAUGGAGUAUGCGAUAAGUGCCGUGAAGGAUAUCGAAGCAGCAGACACUUCGUUGAAAAAUGUUCAAGAGCUACUGAAAAAUGCCAUAUUUCUCAAACAACAGCUCAAAUACGUUGAAUCCAGACGACCCAAGAAAGAUACAAACAGUUCCGUGUACAAAAGACUUUCGGCACACAUUACGCUGGACCUGCCUGAUUUGACCGACAUAUCCGGAGUGGUGCGGGAAACUACCAACCGUGUAGAGCAUAUGAUGUCGCAGGCACGAAAUUCAAACAGCAAUAUAAACAACAACCCACCGACUGCAACGAACUCCUCCACCGGAGGUCCUGCUGAACUGCAACGAUCAUACACGACACUUCAUUGAGAGGAAAAGGGUUUAACAGCUAGUCACCUGCUAAAUUUCAUUCGUUCCUUUUCAUUUUACGAUCUGUGAUGUUUCCGUUUUACACAUUCCUCUCAGAGAGAUGACAGAAUUAAGUAUUAUAAUUUUGUUCCCGUUCGGGAACGCAUCAAUAAAAUAUGUUUUUAUUUGAC